AUGCGGAACCACCCCGUUGCGACAGCCCCGGCGCUGGGGGCAAUGAUUAAGGCUGCGUUCGAUUUCAACUAUCGGCAGCGCUUAAUUGGCACCGCCAUAAAGCACUGCAACAGCCCUGAGAAAGACGUCCGAGCACCUUUAGUAGCUGGACUUCAGGAGAUGGUGGAGUCGGAUCAAAGGCUGGAGGGUUCCAAAGAGGCCGUGCUGGCCAUUGGGCGCUUGGCACAGGGCAUGGCAGGGCGUAAGGCCAAAGCAGUGACAGCAGAGGACUCUGAGACCAACCAAGCACACCGGGGCUUGCACUACGAGCUGCUACAGGUCCUCCUCCACUUGCCGAUCGGUCGCGCCGAUGCUGCCGAGUUGGCAGGACCUGCAGGUGACAUGUCCAACGCGGAUGAGGAUGUCAAGAAGGGAUUGGCUGAGGCCUCCAUCACGCUGAGCGCUGAACAGCUGCGGAAGCGCGAGGGCGAGCUUCUGUACGAGGUGUUUGUAGUCUACCUCCGCAUCCUCCGGCAACGGCAUCUGCACAGUCGUGAACUGAUGGGCACGGUGCUCACCGGCCUCGCACGGUGGGGACAGCAGGUGAACCUGGAGCUUCUUCUGGAGAUUUUGUCAGAGCUGCGCCUGGCAGUCAAGGAUGCCAUCGGAAGAUCCGACGAACUAGUGGCACUUCAUGGCUACCUGCCCAGAAAGCAUCGUUUCGUCUCAGAAUGUGGGGAUUUCCAGCGCCACAAGGUGCACGACAUUGGCAGGAGAUUUCUGAACGGGAGCAACUGGGACCCUGCUCCGACCGAGCCGAACGAGGACUGGUGCUUUGCAUACUACCUCGCAAGCAGUCUCGACAUACAGGCGUUGACCGAGAAUUGGAAGGCAAGCCUCAGACGAAUACCGCACACAUCACCGCGACCUGUGAUUCGUUUCCACAGCGAUGUGGCCCUGUUGAAAGUUGACGAGAAAGAUUGCUUUGUCUUCUCCUUCGGCUGUUUGGUGUGCUGGGGAUGCACUCCUCAAGAGGUUCACGCCGCGCGGGACUCCGUGAAGAACUUCUUGAAGGAACCGCUGACAUCCACACAGGUGGAGAUCGAUCAUCUCAACAUCGCGGGGGGCGAUGCAUUGCCCGUGUGCCACAAGGUGCAGGAACGCAUUGCCAUCGCCUACUCUCUGGCUCAGUCUGUCCGCCUCAGUUUCUGGGAACAGCGCAUUGACGAGUGGAUAGCUGCCACACGCAACAUCCCAGAAGACAUGGCUCGCACAGGCCGUGUGCUCCUGAGCAGCCAGCACGUCGCGAAGAUGAUGGGGGAGCUUUUCGCGUUGAAAAACCAGGUGAAUCUUGAGUUCGACACUCUUGACACCCCCGAUGUGUUCUGGGAGUUUGAAGAAGCCGAGCCCAUCUACGUCUACGCAAGGCAGCAUUUGGAUGUGGACCGCCGGAUCCACAUCGUCAAUCACCGUUUCGAGGUGCUUGAGGACAUGUUUGACGUUCUCAAGGACAAGUUAGAUGAAAGACAAGGGAGCAGGCUCACUUGGAUCAUCAUUUGGCUUUGUGCCCUGGAGACGGUUUUCUCAGCUCUCAAGAUUAUUUGGACAGCGGGGCUCCUCCCAGCCGUGAAAGAUGCUGCACCUAGUCUGCACAGUGCUUAA